AUGGCCACCAGCGUAGCGCCCGGCGCAGCCGAUCCUUCCAAGCCCGCCGUUCGGGGCCGGCGCUACGAGCGUGGUGAGCGCGCGGAGCGCGGUCCUCGCCCUGAACGUCCGGAGCCUCGUGCACCAAGGCCUUUGCGUCCUGAGGAGAUUCCUCUUAAGAAACAAAUUGAUGAGGAGUCGCAGGCAAUUACUCGUCUUCACGAGCAGUUGGCCGCUUUGAACAAGCAAAUUGAGGACAGUCGUCGUGAGAAUGAGGGCGGUGAGAAAGGCGCUAUUAAGAUGCGUUUGGACGAGCUCCAAUCCCGAAUUAGCGAAUUAGACAGACAGCGUUCACACUGCUUAAACGCCAUUGACAAUCAUCACAAAGAGACUCGUGAAAAGAACAAGGCGUUGAACGAGAUGCGUCAAGGCGUUGGUUACAAGAAUGAGGCUGAGAUUGAACGUCUGAUGCAGCAGCUUGAGUCGCGUAUGGAAACGACAUCUAUGACCCUAAAGGAGGAAAAAUCAAUCAUGCAGCAGCUUCAACAGUUGCGCCAGGCCAAGACGUCACUUGAGAUGUUCGAAAACUCACGUCAGGCUGCCGCUGCGGGUGACAACACUGUUGCAACAAUGAAGAACCAGCUGGAUGAAUUGAGGAAUCAGAUGACUGAGUUGCGUAAGAUCCGAAGGGAGGAAGCACAGCGUUUGUCUGUACUAAACGAGAGUGACCGUAAGCACUUUGACGGCAUCAAGGAGUUGAGAGACCAGCGCAAACAGAUUACCACAGAGUUGAAGGAGCGCAACGCCAACAAGUCGAAGCUUAUUGAUCAGCUUAAAGAGUUGAACAAUGCUCACUAUGCGAAGCAACGUUUGCUUCAGCAGCAACGUCAGAAGAAGCAGCAGGAGGAGCGUGAACGCCGCAACUUGGAGCACGAGAUCAAACAGAUGCGUACUCAGUUAGACAAUUUGACAUUUUUGCCCUAUGAAAAGGAGAUCCGACUAUUGGAUCAGGUUAUUGGUUACGUGAAUCGUCUCCAAACCCAGGAGACAGGUCAGGUAGCCAAAAUUGACGAGCCUACUGUAGAAGAAUCGGAGCUCUUGGCUGCUCUGGAGGGUACUCGCGUCAUACCUAAGAAAGCACGUGAUGAGUAUUUCAUCCCUCCCAAGCAAAAGUCUAAGAACAAGGCUCCCCGUGAUAAGUCAAAGGCCAUUGGUCUGAAAUUGGACAUGGUGACCAUCGGCUACUUCGAGUCAUGUGGAGUAACCCCUCCAACAUCGAUGUCAUCACUCCCUGAAUGUCUUCAGAAGUUGGAGGCUAAGUUGCUUCACUUCCACGAUUUGCGGAAGGAUUGCGACGUCGAUGCAAUGCGUGCAGCCCAGGAGGCAAAAUUAGCUAAUGCUGAGAAGCGUCUUGAAGAGCUGCUGGCGCAACGCAAUGCACCCAAAGCUGCUGAAAAUGUUGCCGCUGAAUCAGUUGACGCAGAGCCUGAGGAACAAGAGCCUGCUCCUGAACAGAGCGAAGAAUGA